AUGUCCAAAUUUUCAGAUGAUGCAUUUGAAUACAUAGCGCCAAUCAUUUGUAUUGGAUCCAUUGUUCUUAUGCCUUUGGGCCCACUCUUCUUUCCGCGUAUUUGGAUUUUAUCAUUGGCUUUUUAUUUUGCUAUUUUCCUGUCAACCCAGUGUAACCAUCUUCUAACAUUUCACAAGACAGCUCAGAGGAUUAAAGAAACGAUCGUACAACAUAGGAAAAGAGCGGCUUUCGAGAACGAUUAUUUGAUUCAUGCCUUUGUUAUACCCAAUUAUUCAGAACCUGAGGUGUUAAUCAAAGAUACUAUUAGACGUAUUGCAUUACAUAAAAACGCACGUACCAACUAUGCCAUCAUUUUAGCCAUGGAAGCUUCUGAAGUCAACCAUAGAUCCAAAGCUGAAAACUUGAAAGAAUACUUCAAAGAACAAUUUUUCCGCUUCAUUGUUACCAAUCAUCCUUCUGAUCUCCCUGGUGAGGCAAGAGGCAAAGGUUCAAAUAUCAGUUAUGCUGCACGUAAAGGUUGUGCUGAACUUAUGGAAAGUGGAAUUAAAAAGGAUAGAAUUUUGAUUACCAUUGCUGAUUCCGAUUCACAUAUUCCAGAACUUUAUGUUUCAGAGGUGACUAAAGCCUUCAAUCGCUCAGAGGAUCCUUAUUAUCAAGUUUAUGCACCACCAAUUUUUUUUGGCCGAAAUUGCUUUAAUGUCCCUGCCGCUGUCAGAGUAACUGAUAUCACUUGGUCUGCUAUGAUCAUGUCCAAUCUUAGCGGUGGACGUGGCAUUGGUUUCCCUUGUUCUACUUAUACAGUCAGCUGCAAACUAGCCGAUCAAGUAGGCUAUUGGGACACAGAUGCCGAUGCUGUUGGAGAAGACAUGCAUAUGUUUUUGAAAUGUAUCUUCAAAACCAAAGGACGCACCCGUUUAACACCCAUUUUCGUCCCUAUCAACUUAACCGAUGUAGAAACACCAGCAGAAGAAGGCUAUUUCGCUAAUUUGAUGGCUCGAUUUGUUCAAGCGAAACGUCACUAUAAUGGCGUUGCAGAUGUUGCCUACACGUUGCGUCUGGCUUUGGGAUUACCCACCUUUUGUGUUGAUGCCAAUAGCAGAGGACGUAGUUCAUCAUCGUGGUUGAUAGAUAAAAUUAUCAUUGUUCUGAAAGUAUUAGAAACUCAUUUCAUUCCGGUAACGUCUGGCUGGCUUAUGUUCCUUGGUGUGCCUAUUAUGCAAUUCAUUUUAUUUCCUCCUCGAGAAUACGGCAUAGGACCUUUUGUUGAUGACGCUGCGAAUCCAAUUCUUUACUCUAGCUUUUACUCUCACCUUUGGGAUUCACUAAAAAUUACCACUAUCUUACUUCCCUUCCCUCUUUUCGGUACUCUUUAUGUUUAUGAAAAAUUGCAUCGAUUUGUCGAUAUAGAAUUCUUAGGAAAGACCAAGAAUGAAACCCGUACUUGGAAGAAUUAUUUUGAUUACGUUAGUAUGCCUAUGGCAGCAUGGAUGUUCAUGACAUUACCCUCUAAUAUUGCUUCUGUGAAACGUCUCUUCAAGGCACGGGACCAAUAUGUCGUGGCGGAAAAAUCGUUUAUGGAAACACGGGUGUAG